ACAAAAGGCAAAACCCUCGGAAAGAGGGCUUUCGAAAGCCCUAGCAUAUUGCGCAACAGUUGGAGACGAAAACCGAAGGGAGGCAUUGAGUCCCAACGAAGGCGAAGAUCGAUUUUUCCAUUUCUAACGUCUCAAGAUUUGCUUUUUCUUGUUGAUUCUAACCUAAAAAGAGUUGCCUUGCAAGUUUCUGUUAGACACACAAGAUGCCGAGGGCGAAAGCGAAAGUAGCAGCAACUCCAAAGCCUGUUGAACCUGAAAAGCCAGUUGAACCUGAAAAACCAGUUGAACCUGAAGAGCAGGUGGACCUUGAUGGAGACAAUGAUCCUGAGGAAGAGGUUGAGUAUGAGGAAGUGGAGGAGGAAGUGGAAGAGGAAGAAGAGGAAGAGGUAGAAGAAGUUGAGGAGGUGGAAGAGGAGGAAGAGGAGGAGGAGGAAGAGGAAGAGGAAGAGGAGGCUGCAGUCCCAAAUGGAGCCGAUGCAGAAGCAAGCCCUGUUGGUGAUGUAGAGAUGAAAUCUGCUGAGGAGAAGGAUGAGGAUGAGAGCGAAAAGCAUGCUGAGCUUCUUGCUCUUCCUCCUCAUGGUUCUGAAGUUUAUGUUGGCGGCAUCCCUCAUGAUGCCUCAGAAGAGGAUUUGAAGGGCUUUUGUGAGUCUAUUGGAGAAGUCACUGAGGUUAGGAUAAUGAAAGGUAAGGAUUCUGCAGAGAACAAGGGCUAUGCUUUCGUGACCUUCAGAACUAAAGAUUUAGCUUCCAAGGCAAUCGAGGAUCUGAAUAAUACUGAAUUCAAGGGAAGAAAGAUAAAAUGUUCUUCAUCUCAAGCAAAGCAUCGGUUAUUUAUUGGUAAUGUUCCGAGAAGCUGGGUGGAGGAGGAUUUGAAGAAGGUUGUGACAGAGGUUGGCCCUGGAGUUAAUGGCGUGGAACUACUAAAGGAUCCACAAAAUUCUAGCCGUAACCGUGGUUUUGCUUUCAUCGAGUACUACAACCAUGCAUGUGCUGAGUAUUCGAGGCAGAAGAUGUCAAAUCCAAAAUUCAAGCUAGACACUAAUGCUCCAACAGUGAGCUGGGCUGACCCUAAGAGUGCUGAUUCUUCUCCUGCUUCACAGGUGAAGGCAAUUUAUGUGAAGAACUUACCAAAGAAUGUGACACAAGAUCAGUUAAGAGACCUAUUUGAACGGCAUGGAGAGAUCACCAAGGUUGUACUCCCGUCUGCCAAACCUGGUCAGGAGAAGAGCAGAUUCGGCUUUGUCCAUUUUGCAGAGAGGUCAAGUGCCAUGAAAGCACUCAAGAACACUGAGAAAUAUGAAAUAGAUGGUCAAGUUCUUGAGUGUUCCCUUGCCAAGCCACAGGCAGACCACCGUAAGUCUGACGGGGGACCAAAUACACAAAAAUCUGCCCUACUUCCGAACUAUCCCCCCCGUGUCGGGUAUGGUCUUGCGGGUGCUUAUGGUGCUCUGGGGGGAUAUGGCGCUGCAGGCUUUGCACCGCCUAUGAUCUAUGGUAGGGGACCAACUCCUGCUGGCAUGUCAAUGGUGCCAAUGCUGUUGCCCGAUGGACGGCUUGGAUAUGUCCUGCAACAGCCUGGAGCUGCACUACCAGCACCACCACCACAGCAUAGAGGUGGCAACAGGAGCAGCGGAUCCAGCAAGGGACGGCAAAGCAAUGACAAUGGCCGUGGUCGCCGGUAUCAUCCAUAUUGAUUUAUCUUUGAUUACCCAGUGCCUACCAGAUUUCAGGGAGCCCAUCUGUCUUCUUUACUGUGCCCAUACUUUGGUUUUGUUGAAGGUUUUGGAUAAAGCCAGCAAUUGAUCUUAUUAAAAAUAUCAGAUAACCGACAAUUUCACAAUUCUGAAAAGUAGAAUGCUGAAUGGGUGUAUUCCCUGCUACACAUACUGUGUCUGUCUUCUCGCUUCAAGUACAGAGUUUCAGUUGCAUC